UUUUAUGUGUUAUGUUGUCAAACAAAACUCGUUGGCGGCAAUGCACCAAAAGCUGGUUGCCAACCGCCGUUGAAUAAGAAUAAGAAGAAGAAGAAGAAGAAGAAGAAGAAGAAGAAGAAGAAGAAGAAGAAGAAGAAGAAAAAGAAGACAACUCGUCCUGUUGUCUGAUAUGUGAAAAAUAAGUAACGGUGAAUGAUUUAGCGUGCAUAUUUGUGGCUUUAGUUUAUCAAAUCUGACAGGUAUUAAGAUCGUUUUAAACAACUUAAUAAAAAAAGUUAUAUUGGUUGGUCGCACAGACUAAAUGAAAGGGUAUGACGGUGGUGAAUGUAUCAUUUGCAGCGGCUGGGUUUUUAGGAGCAUAUCAUCUGGGGGUAACAGAGGCUUUAUUGCGACACGGAGAUAAACUGCUGUCCUCUUUAAAAGCCUGCGCUGGAGCUUCAGCUGGUGCUUUAGUGGCCACUGUGAUGAUCACUGCUCCUGAUAAACUACAGCAUUGUAAGGAAUUCACCUACAGGUUUGCCAGUAAUGUGAGAAGUCAGAGAUUUGGAGCUGUGACGCCAGGAUAUGACUUCAUGCUUGAACUGAGGGAGGGCAUCGAAGAGAUUCUCCCACCCAAUGCCCAUCAGUUAGCCAAUGAACGCCUCCAUGUUUCAAUAACGCACUCAAAGACAUACAAGAACAGCAUGGUGUCCAGCUUCACCUCAAGGGAAGAUCUAAUUAAGGUGCUCUUGGCCAGCUGCUUUGUGCCUGUCUAUGCUGGAGUGAAGCCAGUCGAGUUCCAAGGGCAGAAAUGGAUGGAUGGCGGAUUCACAGACAGUCUUCCUAUUCUCCCUGUGGGACGCACAAUAACAGUGUCACCAUUUAGUGGCCCCCAGGAUAUUUCCCCAGCACAUAAGGGCAUUAGUAAGCUUAACCUCAGAUUGGCCAACAUGAGCAUUGCGUUCUCCAAGGACAACGUCAUACGACUGAACCAGGCCCUGUUUCCUCCCUCAUUACCCAGGCUCAAGGCACUGGAUCAAGAGGGAUACCAAGAUGCUGUUCACUUUUUAAAGAAAGAUGGAUGGAUGCAAUAACUGAUUUUCUCCUUUCUAGCACUUUCAAUUUCAUGAAUGUGGAAAAUCUGGCAUAUUGACACCAAGACAAUUUUCCUCAUAGAAGUUCAUUUGUGGUAUGCAAUAUUAUGUUCAGACAGUGUAAUAAUCAUACUUUGACUUGGUGUCUAGUUUCAUUCUCAAGAUGAAAAGCAAAGUAAAAUGCAUCAUGUAUUUCAGGAGGCUGAAUGGGCAUUGUUAUAAAAAGUAAAUUUCGAUUGCACAGCUUUAAAACAACUGCUCUCAGUAAAGAGUCUUGAGAGCACUACAGCGCUUUUUUAAAGAAUGACUAAAUGACGUGUUAAAAUAUUUCUGAAACUCCUUUUGUUGGAAUCUGUUCAUAAUGGCCUUUAAAAUCUCAGUCAAUCCCAAGACCUACAAGUCACCCUUUUGCCUACACUUGCUGCACAUCAGUGUAGCGUUUUUGUAGGACCUUGAGGACAACACUGGAGAACAAGCCUUUGAAGUAAAGCCGCAGCAGAGGUCGUUUGAACUCGUGAGUCUCCUCACCUCUCAGAACUAUGGGUUUACUUGCACUUGAUUCUGCAAGAGUGUUCUGAUCAUUUUUCUGUCUGUGAGAACAUCUCUCUGGGGAAGGUGUGGGGAUUAGCAAAGGAUUGUGGGUAUUUAUGAUGUGGUUGUAGACAGAAACAGAGCGCUGGCACACACACACACACACACAGUAUGGCAUAAACUGCUCAUGCAAGUUAUCCAAUCAUAUGAAAUAAAUAGUAAAGUUUUCGCAAUUAAACAGCAAUUUUAUUUGACUUAUUGAUUUAUAGAGCAGUUAGUGUUGUCAAAAGAUAUAAAGAUGAGAACUGUGUACGUGAAAUUACAUAAAUUGUAAUUGGUCUUCAUUACAAGCAAGAGCAAUGUUAUAAGUGGAGCACCAUUAGCUUGAUAAAAAUUGAUUAUUCAGUGUAUAGUUCUGUGGCAGCAUGGGUAAUUUAUGUCAGUCUUUAAAUGAUGCACGUGUUCAUAUGGGUUGAUCUAUUAUUUAUAAUAAGACCCCAUAUUGUAGGCCCUCAUUGCUGAACCAGCGUUUUUGAACUACCUGGUAAUCAAUAGAGUGAAUGGUUGUUUAAUUGAGAGUAUUGUUUGAAUAAAUGUUAAAUAAUAUGGCAUCGCAAUGUACUGUCUAAGUGUGUGAGAAUUUAUUUGUGAAAUUAACUCUGGUGGGAUGUGUCUUUGAAUAGCUGCAUUAGUAAUGUAAUUAGAAUGCUUUCACAUAGAAUUGUUACAAAGUGUAUCUGACACAUCAAGGAGAAACCCCUGACUCAGGGUUGUGCAUUAUUUACUGGCAAAUCAAGUCUGUAUUAAUUUGCAUUGUUAAGCACUGAGAUUUUUUUUCUUUCAGGCGAAUACGAUCGGAGUUGUAUUAAAAAUUGUCCUGGCUCUUCCAAGCUU